UUUUUUUUCCGAAAAUUUCUCGCGUCAUCUCUUUUGCUGUACUCGCAACUCCAACACUAGCCCUGGAGCUGUCAACUUCCGUCUACUGUGGGGUCUGUCGGUGGCUCGCCUCUUUUUUGUUUUCUGAAAAUUUCUCGCGUCAUUUAAAUAGCAGGCAAGGACAUUUUCUCCUUCGGAGGUCUUUUUAAUGCACGUCGCUCCACUCCCCAACUCGUCCGCUAUCACUCCAACUAUCACCAGUUCCUUUGGGUAGUAUCUUAACGUUCAGUAUCGCUGAAGGCAAAGCUUGAAGAGUUUCCACGGUCUUCUUAAAAUGCGACCAACGACGGAGGCCCCCCGGCCUCCUCGUGUGAUGCUGAUGAAAGACAACAAGCCUAUUUGCCGCACCAGAUGCUCCAAUGAUCUUUCAUUAGAAAUCCCUUCCACCUGGACAAUUGUCAAAUUUAAACCUCGUUCUGUUUUCCAAUGGAAUAUUUUGGCCCAAUUUCAAUUGUUUCCAGAUCCUCAAAACUGUCAUCAAAUGAGAGAGUGGGCACAGUUUCUGUCUUAUCUACAGCAGUCUGGGAUGGUUGCUGUUGUGUAUGCUGAUUAUUUCAGCUUUUACAUACUUGCGCUUAAUGGAGAUCAGGAAUAUACUUACUGUAUAGUUCAUCUAUGGAUAAGAAAUCCUGCUUUGGCAUCUGAUUAUGAAAGAAAUGGUGGAUGGGUUCAUGGUCAUCCCAGAUCUUCUUUUUAUUCCCGCAAUUCAUAUCGGGAGUCUUAUAGAAGUGAAAGAACUCUGCAAAAUAAACAACAAUUUACUUGUCCCAGUCCCAGUUCUAUAUCUUCUUUGGAAGAUAUGGUUACGGAUCCUGAGAAUUUCGGAAACAAUAUUAGAGAUGGUUCUUCUGAAAAUUUGUGUAAAUCUGUUAAGGACGUAGAUAUUGUGGACGGUGAGUGGGUCUCUAUCAUUCAUAGAAAUCAAUGCAAGGAUGUGAAGAUGUGUAAAAGAACCGCACGACAAUCUAUGUCUAAUAAAGUUAUUCAGAUUGGCAGCACUACAUCUGAUCAAGCUGAUGUCAUGAUAUCAGAUUUCCGGCAAAAGAAUCUUGUGAGGAUGGAUCCAAGUUAUUUGACAACGCUUGGUCAAACUCACUCUGCCUGGAUUUUUGGGGCAAUCGCUGAACUCAUUGAUAACUCUAGAGAUGCUCACGCUACUAGAUUGGAAAUUUCUGUAGAACUCUUAUAUUCUAAGAAGGAUGGAAACAAAAUUCCUGUUUUAUCACUUGUUGAUGAUGGGGAUGGAAUGACACAUAAUGACAUUUUGAGAAUGCUUUCCUUUGGACAUAAGCAAAAAAAUAGAGAAGAUCAAGAUCGUAUUGGAAAGUUUGGCAUUGGAUUUAAGACUGGAGCUAUGAAACUAGGGAAGGAUGCUCUUGUACUUACACAGUCCUCGACAUCCAGAUCUAUUGCAUUUUUAUCACAGUCAUACAAUGAGAACAAAGAUAACAUAGAGAUUCCCAUUGUUUCUUAUAUUAAAAAUGGGCGUUACAUGGAAAUAGAUGCGAGCAUCCAAUCAGAAGAAUUAGCAAACUUCAAUCUAAGUGCCAUCAAAGAAUUUUCUCCAUUUAAUGAAUACUUGCUAGGAGAACAGCUUGGAUUAUAUGGCAAAGAUGGAACUGGCACCCAGAUCUUCAUUUGGAACUUAGAUAAAUGGUGUUCAGACUAUACUUUGGUAUGGAAUGAUGAAAACGAUGGUUGUCAAAAAGGAUUGGGAGACAUAAUCAUCCGUUCAAAGAGAAUAAGAUCACGUCUUGGUCAAAUAAGCUGUGAGGUGCCCUUGGAUUAUUCCCUUCAGGCUUAUCUGGAAGUCCUUUUCUUAAAUCCUCGCAUGAAAAUAUUUAUCCAAGGCUCAUUGGUCAAAAGCCAUCCUCUAGAGAAAUCUCUGAGUAGAACUGUUGCAGUAAAAGGUAGCAUAAUGGCUAGACCUAUUCAGCUUGUACUUGGAAGGAGUCAGGUAGAGUGGGAACGAAUGAACGGUGGGGUAUUCUUAUAUUGGAAAGGUCGGCUAAUUGAGGCAUACAAACGAGUUGGUGGUAUGCAGCACAAUGCAGAUUUGGGCCGUGGAGUCAUAGGAGUUGCAGAUGUAACAUCUAUUAUGCACAAUGGGAAUGGACAUGUUUGGGUGCUAAACAACAAACAGGGUUUUCAGGAUUGCGAAGCGUAUGCCAAACUUGAGGAUUGGUUGGGGAGCAAAUUUGAUGAAUAUUGGGAUGAAAACUAUGACAAUCUUGAUUUGGAAACCAAUGUUGAACGGUUUAAGCCUGAUCAUGAAUGGGUUCAAUGUGACAAAUGCCGCAAGUGGAGAAUGUUGAGUGCUGGCUUCAACAUCAAGAGCCUACCUUUACAAUGGUUUUGCUAUAUGCCACCAUUUAAUGGGAAGUGUGAAGCUGUUGAACAGCAAAUGGAGGCAGGAGUUGUUACCAUCUCUGCGAAAAGGCAUCAACAUGUCCCCGAAAAUUCUAUAACCAAGUCUGGUCAAUCAUCACCCUCACCCGAAGCAAUUGUGAAAGAAAAAAGUCGUAUUGAUUUGCAUAAAUUAAAUCUCGAAGCUAAAUGUGAAGAAGAUUGGGGACACAGAAAAAGCAGAUCAGUAAGAAUGCCUAAAAGAACUUCUAGCAAUCAUGAUUUGAAGCCUAAUCAUCAAAGAAAUUUUAAGAGGGAAAGGAAUUUUAACAGCUGGAGGCCUCGAAGAAGCGAACAGAACGGCGACAAUGCGAAAGUUGAACUGAACUAAAAAAUCCUUUCAUGGUGCGCAAGGGCAUUCAAAGAAGGAUUACAGACAGAGCAUAGCGCAAUUAACAUGACCCAUAGAUGUAAAAUUUUGAAUGAAUUUUCUGUAAUUAGUUUUGGGAUGGACUCUUUCCUUUGUACAGUGUCUGCUGAUAUGUUUUUGAUCAGGAAUAGUUUAGUCUGAAGGUAGGAUGUUUAUUCACAGUA